UGCUCUCAUUUUUCUUCCACUCUAUCUCCAAGAUGCUUUUAGUUCGUCAAUGUUGGCUGUCGUUAAAUUAUUUUGAGAGGAAGGUUAACUAACAUGUUUGACUGAGUUGACGGACAAUGAUUUGGUGCUGUCGGAUCUAAAGUCUUCAAACAUAUGUCUAUUUCUUGAAUAUCAUAAUUCGAAAAAAGUACUUUUAUUGGUGUCAAUAUCUUUAUACAUGCAUCUCUUAAAAUGAAAUAUGACUUAUCAAAUAGAUAAAAUUACUAAAGUUGAAAGGUACAUCGGUCACUAUUUGGGUAAUACUUACCCUAGUGAGUUUUCUAACUUUGAUUUAUACAAUACGAAAGUAUGUCAAAUAGAUUUCUUUUUGUGAAUGAUUAAUUAGACUAUGUAUGACCCCUUAUUAUGAAGUGACAACUACUUGUUCAUAUUCAAACACGCGUAUUAACACUGUUCAUGGAAACAGUAGCUCAGACUGAUGAUACUAUUACUUGUUAUAAAGCCUUUUAUCUUUAUUGAACUGAACACCAUCUAGUUGGUCGACCACCAUGAUCUCCAUUCCAGUUUGUUGACUAAAUCCAUUGGGAGUGAGUACAUGUGAUUUCUCUCAUUUGUUUUUUGUGUGCGUCAUGGUUCGAUCAUAGGGUUGGCGAUGAUUCUAAUUAGGCCCAUCUCUUUAGGGUUAUUCGGAAGAAAAAAAGACUUUUAGGUGGUCCUAGCCCUAGCUAUCCCCCAGGUUUUUCUCGUGAUAAAUUUUCUAACGUAAUUUUCACUUUUCUAUGUUGGCGAGGAGCGGAUUAAUCAAAUUCAUACCAUCAGUUGCGGCAGAUCCACAGCUGCUCAGCUUAAAGAUAGGUCCUGGGUGCUCUUCUGUGGGAUAUGGUGCAACACAGGAAAUUGGACCUUUUAUAGUGGACACUAAUGGUCAUGGACUAAAGUCCAAUCCCUACGCUUGGAAUAAGGAGGCCAACAUGUUAUUCCUGGAAUCUCCUGUUGGUGUGGGCUUUUCAUACUCAAACACAAGCAGUGAUUAUGAUAACCUAGGAGAUGACUUUACAGCGAAUGACGCGUAUACUUUCCUUCAUAAGUGGUUUGCAAAGUUCCCGUUGUAUCAAACACGGGAAUUUUACAUUGCCGGAGAAAGCUAUGCAGGAAAAUAUGUGCCGGAGCUGGCUAAACUCAUCCAUGACAAGAACAAGGAUCCUUCCCUUCAUAUUAAUCUCAAGGGUAUCAUGUUAGGUAAUCCUGAAACAUCUGAUGCUGAGGACUGGAUGGGACUAGUGGAUUACGCAUGGAGCCAUGCAGUGAUCUCUGAUGAAACCCACAAAGUGAUCAGAAAGACCUGUGACUUCACCAGCAAUAACACAUGGAGCAACGAUGACUGCAGUGAAGCUGUGUAUGAAUUACUCGAACAAUACAAGCAGAUCGACAUCUAUAGUCUCUAUACCUCGACGUGCAUCGGUGAUUCGGCGAGCUCCGAUGACAAGUCAUACCAAGUCAUGAUGAAACGUACAUCGAGCAUGAUGCCUAGGAUAAUGGGUGGCUAUGAUCCAUGCCUGGAUGAGUACGCAAAAGCUUUCUACAACAGGCCUGACGUUCAAAAGGCCCUCCAUGUGAGUGAUGGUCAUCAUCUCAAGAAUUGGAGCAUUUGCAACUUUAAAAUAUUCAAUGACUGGUCAGACUCCAAGAAAUCUGUUAUUCCAAUAUACAAGAAGCUCAUUGCAGCAGGGCUUAGAAUUUGGGUCUACAGUGGGGACACAGAUGGAAGAGUCCCAGUGCUUUCCACAAGAUAUAGUUUAAGUUCUUUGGGUUUGCCCAUCACCAAGGCUUGGAGGCCCUGGUAUCACCAAAAGCAGGUGAGUGGUUGGUAUCAAGAGUACGAGGGACUGACAUUUGCGACGUUCAGAGGGGCUGGUCAUGCGGUGCCGGUCUUCAAGCCAAGUGACUCACUCGUGUUCUUCUCUUCUUUUCUCAACGCACAAGAUCUUCCAUCUGCUCGUUGAGGAAACCGCAAGGAAACAAAACCAAAAAGGAAGAGUCUUCUAUAUGAACUCAAUUUUCGAAACAGUUAAGGCUACAUAGAGCAGGGAAGAGCCAAGGUAGGAGAAUAAACAGGGUUUGGACUUUCAGUUUUGGCAGCAGUGAAUUUGGAGAAUAGUUAUUGCACUUCUACUCUUCUUUCAAUCUAAGAGGCAGUCUCAAUUGUAAUCCUCACUCCAGAUCUGUUUGGAAUCUGAUUCCAUUCAAAUCUUAUUGAAACAUGAUAUAUUCAAAAUGGUAA